GUGGCACACAAAGUGUUUGCAUAACUUAACUCGCCAUAGCCAACCACUACUUGGUUAAAUGCCCCGAAAUCUCAACAAAGGCAAGGACUGAAGAAAUGGAUAUGCGGGAUGAACAUCCACGGUGUAGUUUUUAGUGUGGCGGCACUGCCAGUUGAGGCGUGGUCGCGCCAUUUUGUCAUGGAUUCCGUCCAGACAGCCCAGUGUAUCGUGUGUUCCGUCGUCGUUUGCGUCCUGCUCAUCAUCACGGGGUUCCUCAUAUUCAUCCUAAGUGUGUAUGCCUUUGCCCCCCUUAUGGAUAAGGUGCAGCUCCGUCUUAUAGAGACUAAUGUGACCACCACAGAGAGGGACCCCAUUUACGAUUACGACUAUAGUUGAGCUGGAGGGAAAACUUUCCCUAUACUUGUUUAAUUUUUGAUUAAAGAUUUCAAGAUAUUCACUCUAA